ACCGGUGUCACAUGGCUUCAGCAGCACACAGCAGUGGCCCAUUCAGCUGAAGGGAUGCUAACUUUCUGAGCUUGAAUACUAAUAAAACAACAGGCUCCAUGGGUAACCGCUGCCGGGCUCCAGUGCUAAACCGAGCCAUUCAUGAUGUGUUAACAAACACUAGGAGUAUUUACCACAAGGAGAUUGGGACAUGUCAGAAAGUUCUUCAGGUGUGAACACUCUCAGUGGCAGUUUUCCUAAAUCCCACUCAUCCCAGUAUUCAGAACUCGGAGUCACACGGACAGCUGUCUCAGCGGACCUCAGUCCUGAUUCUGGACUAGCAUCUACACCUCUUCCAUCAAGUCGCUUCCGGUUUGUGUCCUGGCAUCGCCUGGAGCAGUGUGAUGUGACAGGUGACCAGCUGACCUGCCCCCGGGUCAGAGAAGGGCCAUCAGAGGAGGAGCAGUUUCUAAGGCAGGGAGGUAACCUCUUUUUGGAGGAAGGAAGGAGGAAAAGGAGAGAAGAGGAAGGUCAGAGAUGGGAGGAGAGACUGCAAGAGAACUGGGAAAACUGUCUGGAGUUAAAUCUGUCCUACCAAGACUUGGGCGAUCUCUAUCAGCAGGAGAAUUUUUUCCGGAUACUUCGAAGGUUAAUCCGUGUGGAGAAACUACAAUUGAUCGACAACUCUCUCACCAACCUGAGUUUUGUACGUCUGCCAAGGUGUAGAAUGCUGAAUCUGCACCGUAACCACCUGGUGUGUCUGCGUCAGCUGCCAAAACUCCCAGUGGUGGAGCACCUAUGUCUGUCGGAGAAUGCUAUCAGCUCCCUGGAGGGACUGGGAAUGCUGGGAAACAGCCCACUGCGCUCCAUUAACCUGACCCGCAACCCAGUGACCUUCACUCAGGACUACCGCUCACGUGUUUUCUCCUGUUUGCCAAAUCUCGAGGUCUUGGAUGGUAUUCCCAAGCUGCCAGGGGACUUUCUACCCACCAGAUUAAAAGGGCCAGAAAACACCAGGACAUGUAACAUUUUGUGAUGCUCUUCCCCAGUUUGGAUGCAUAGAAUGGGUGGUGGACACUAAAAGUGUCGGCUUUCUUCUCAGAGGAAAUAUAUAUGUGUGUGUGUGUGUGUGUGUGUGUGUGUGUGUGUGUGUGUGUGUAUGUAUAUUUACACACAUACAGUAACUGUAUUUAAGCUGUCACAACUGUUGCAAAGACUUGAUAAUUUGCACAUACACAAUUUUUUACUUAUCAGUAAUUACACUUUUUAAAAAGAUUCAUUUGUACACAUUAAAAUAUUUUGAUGAAGCAAAACCAUUUAAGAACAAGGUC